UCUGCUCCAUGCCAUCAAAUGUUGAAUGCAGAGCAAAACUCUACCCUGACCUUUCCCUCUCACAGUUGGGUCAGGUAGUGACUUGUAAUGCCCAAGAUGGACUAAUUUGUCUCAAUCAAAAUCAAGGUCUUCAGCAGCAGUGCUUUGACUACGAAAUAAACGUCUAUUGUUGUGUAAUGCCAGACAAUGAAGCAUGUACAACAACACCACCAACAACAACAUCACCAACAACACCUACUUCAACAACACCUACUUCAACAACACCAACAACAACUACUACAACAACAACUCCACCAACAACUACAACACCAACAACAACUCCAACAACUCCACCAACAACUACAACAACCACACCCCCCCCUUCAAUAUGCCAGCCUGAGUGCUCUUGGUCUGGCUGGAAGGACUUUGGGCCUCCUACAACUGGUCCUAAUGGUGGUGAAAUUGUACCAAUAAAAAGAAUAAGUGAGACUUAUCCUCAGAUCUGCUCCAUGCCAUCAAAUGUUGAAUGCAGAGCAAAACUCUACCCUGACCUUUCCCUCUCACAGUUGGGUCAGGUAGUGACUUGUAAUGCCCAAGAUGGACUAAUUUGUCUCAAUCAAAAUCAAGGUCUUCAACAGCAGUGCUUUGACUAUGAAAUAAACGUGUAUUGUUGUGUAAUGCCAGACAAUGAAGGAUGUACAACACCAACAACAACAACAACAUCACCAACAACACCUACUUCAACAACACCUACUUCAACAACACCAACAACAACUACUACAACAACAACUCCACCAACAACUACAACACCAACAACAACUCCAACAACUCCACCAACAACUACAACAACCACAACCCCCCUUCCAUCAUGCCAGCCUGAGUGCUCUUGGUCUGGCUGGAAGGACUUUGGGCCUCCUACAACUGGUCCUAAUGGUGGUGAAAUUGUACCAAUAAAAAGAAUAAGAGAGACUUAUCCUAAGAUCUGUUCCAUGCCAUCAAAUGUUGAAUGCAGAGCAAAACUCUACCCUGACCUUUCCCUCUCACAGUUGGGUCAGGUAGUGACUUGUAAUGCCCAAGAUGGUCUAAUUUGUCUCAAUCAAAAUCAAGGUCUUCAACAGCAGUGCUUUGACUAUGAAAUUAACGUGUAUUGUUGUGUAAUGCCAGACCAUGAAGGAUGUACAACACCACCACCAACAACAACAACAACGACUACUACAACAACAACAACUCCACCAACAACACCUACUUCAACAACACCACCAACAAGUACAAAACCUCCAACACCACCAACAACACCUACUUCAACCACACCAACAACAACUACUGCUACAACAACAACAACAAUAAUUACAUCUCCAACAACACCACCAACAACAACAUCACCAACAACACCUACUUCAACAACACCAACAACAACUACUACAACAACAACAACUCCACCAACAACAACACCUACUUCAACACCAACAACAACAACAACAUCACCAACAACACCUACUUCAACAACACGUACUUCAACAACACCAACAACAACUACUACAACAACAACUCCACCAACAACUACUAUAACAACAACACCAACAACAACAACUCCAACAACUCCACCAACAACUACAACAACCACAACCCCCCCUUCAAUAUGCCAGCCUGAGUGCUCUUGGUCUGGCUGGAAGGACUUUGGGCCUCCUACAACUGGUCCUAAUGGUGGUGAAAUUGUACCAAUAAAAAGAAUAAGUGAGACUUAUCCUCAGAUCUGUUCCAUGCCAUCAAAUGUUGAAUGCAGAGCAAAACUCUACCCUGACCUUUCCCUCUCACAGUUGGGUCAGGUAGUGACUUGUAAUGCCCAAGAUGGUCUAAUUUGUCUCAAUCAAAAUCAAGGUCUUCAACAGCAGUGCUUUGACUAUGAAAUUAACGUGUAUUGUUGUGUAAUGCCAGACCAUGAAGGAUGUACAACACCACCAACAACAACAACAUCACCAACAACACCUACUUCAACAACACCAACAACAACUACUACAACAACAACUCCACCAACAACUACAACACCAACAACUACAACACCAACAACAACUCCAACAACUCCACCAACAACUACAACAACCACACCCCCCCCUUCAAUAUGCCAGCCUGAGUGCUCUUGGUCUGGCUGGAAGGACUUUGGGCCUCCUACAACUGGUCCUAAUGGUGGUGAAAUUGUACCAAUAAAAAGAAUAAGUGAGACUUAUCCUCAGAUCUGUUCCAUGCCAUCAAAUGUUGAAUGCAGAGCAAAACUCUACCCUGACCUUUCCCUCUCACAGUUGGGUCAGGUAGUGACUUGUAAUGCCCAAGAUGGUCUAAUUUGUCUCAAUCAAAAUCAAGGUCUUCAACAGCAGUGCUUUGACUAUGAAAUUAACGUACCAUGA